AUGAGUACUGAUAGAUUCAUUGCUGCCGCCCAGGACGGCUAUUUAGAUCUCUUACAAUCGGCAACUAAAAGGGAUCUGAAUGCUGUGGACGAGGAUGGAAGAUCUGCCACACUUUGGGCAGCACAUAACGGAAAUUUGGAAGCGUUGCGAUUGAUCGUUGGACGAGGAGGUGAUGUUGAGAAAGCAGAUUAUUUAGGAUUUACAGCAUUACACUUAGCAUCGAAAGGAGGUCAUCUGGAUGUAGUGUGUUUCUUAGUCAACUGGGGCUGUAAUUUAUAUGCAUUAGAUAAUGAACAACAUACAGCUUUGGAUUUAGCUGAGUUAGUUGAUAAACAAGAUAUAGUUAAAAUCUUAGAUACAGCAAUAGAUAAACAGAAUACAAAGAAUCCUAAGAAAGUCUCUAAGUUAAAAGAGGAAGCAAUACGUUGUUCUGACAGAAACCGGAAGUUGUAUGAACGUCUCCAAGAUGAGGCAGCAAGAAAAGCAGAAAAGGAGCAAAGACAACGCGAAGCAGAAAAUGAUUUUCGAGCUCCAAGUAAACGGUCGUUCAUUAAAACUUUAACCAUGAGAAUAAAAGGCAAUAGUAAUAAGCCUAAAUCUAUGCAUAUUAAAAAUCAAAAUUAUUCAAAUAUGGCCGGUGUGGGCGUAGCAAAACGAGUGUUACAAAAGAAAGCAAUGCCAGCUGGUGAUGAAGGUUUUAAAGUGAGUGAAAUGGAUGACAGUGGAAAGAGAACUAUCAGGUCACUUCAAGGUGGUCAUGGGAUUAUCAGUGGAAAGUCUCCAAAUGUCAUGUACAUGACCAACAGGGAUCAUCCUGACGCCGAAAACACCUCAAACCGACCAGCUUUACAAAAUGUUUUUGGAAUGAAAUCGACAGCUGGUUGGAAGUCGAAAAGCGAGUCUGAUUUAUUAUUUGAUUCGGGAGUUGAAGAUAGUACUUACAGUGAUCCAGACGAGGAUCGGGAGACACCUGGAUUGUUCAGUCGUCCAGGAUUUGGGAAUACGGCAUUCCUGGGAAACAACGCAUUUGUUAAUACCAUGAUGCAUUCUUUCGAAAGCGGAAGCGAACCAAACCUAAACGGACACGUCAGUCAAUACGAAUUUGAUCAGGCCUUGCUUGAAAAUGGUGAACGUGGCAACCAGUCUGACAUGAAUUUUCUCCCUUGGGAUCAAGAAGAAGUUGAAAAUCUGGAUGAUGAUGAAUACGAAACAGAGUUUUCAGCAUUGGAGACGUUUUUAGUAUCGUCAGGAUUAUAUAGUUACACAACUUAUUUUACCCGGGAAGAAAUUGAUUUAGACGUUUUAAUGAAAUUAAAUGAUAGUGAACUGAAAGAGCAACUUGGUUUACAACUUGGUCCGCGUAAGAAACUUCAGGAAGCAAUUAAUCGCCGAAAAGAGCUUAUCAAUACGCCGAAAGCAAUCACAGACACUUAUUUAUGAAAUCUGUGUUAUUAUAUUGAUCGUUGCAUAAAAUAAUAAUAUUAGAACGUAUAUGAUCAAAAUUAAAAGCAAUUCUUACUAAUAAGUGAAACAAUAAAAAUAACAAUGAGUUAUUUUACCUACAUUAUUUUUACGGAAGUUUUCCUGUUUCCGCCAUCGAAGAAAAAAAACUUAAACGGAACCUUUUAAGGGAAUAAAGACGAUAACGUUUACUUUGAUGACACUCAACUCUGUGACUCCAAGGAAAUACCAAUGUUAUAAUUCUAGCCUCUUAUGGCCUGACAAUUGUGAAUGGUACAUGUUUGGAAGAAUCGCAUAAACACAUAAUGAUACAUGUGCUUAGUAUUUCUCUUAAAGGUUUUUAAAUCCUUACAAUAUUACCCACCUACAUAACGCCGUAUUGCUAUAACUGUAACGUUAAAAUCAAACAAUAUAAAAAUUCAAGAAGUUUUAUUUUGUAUAAUAUGAUGGAUAUUUGUAAUGUUUGAAUAAAUGUGAUUAUGGAGAUAUAUGAAACAAUACGGACAAAGAUUGAGAUAUUAAAUUAUUAUGCAAUAUUUUUUUGUUUUCAUUGAUCUCAUAGUAUUCCAAACAAACUUUAAACCACUAUAUACUUUAACGACACAUCGAAAAACAGUAGGCGCUGUGAUUUUUGGCUUCCCAUACUAGUCUAAAAAAUACUCUAAAUCUUCAAAUGACGACGACAAACUUGCAUAUAAUGACGCUUCUGAUUAAUACAAUUACUUCUGGGUCGAUGAACCAAAAUUAACUGCAAAAUGAAAAUGGACAUCUAAGGACAGAUUUCGCACAAGUUUUCCGAGCCUUUUUGUGCAUUAAACUCAUCUCCACAAUUUCAAACUAUUACUACCUUCGACCUUAUACUUUGACUCCAGUAAUCGUCCUUCUUGCAUCACAGAAUGCGGCGAUUUUAUUGGAUUAUACGCCAGCGAGAAGUAGACAGAAAGACUGUAGACAUUAUUUGCUAGCACUCAAUUAAAUCACUGCAUUUACAAACCUCCGUGAUACAAGAAAGGUGGAUAUUUCAGUCAAGGUAUAAGACGAAUAGUUUGAAAUUGGGAGGAUGCAUUUAACGAAGCUUCACAAUUUUCCUUCAUCACCAUUCGGUCUUAAAAUAUGAUGAUAACUGUCUGCCUUAGGAUUUUUGAAAGAGUUUUGUCCCCUUAGCUGAUUAUAGUCGUC